AUGCACUCGGUUCUUCUGCUUGGGCUAGUAUUUUUAACUGUUACGGAGCAGUCUUCACUGACUCAUGUGAAACGCCUAUGUCCAUGCUCCGGAUUCGUCUCAAAUUCCUGUAAUUGUUACGGUAAUUUUGUACCUCAAUGCACCUGCAUGAGACCAUCCGUUCCACAAUCGCACUGUGCGUGCGCGGCCUGGGCGGAAACCGCGCAAUGCCGCGCUUCUUGUCAACAUGCUUGUCUGUCCAGAUGCUACCAGAGCAAGUCCUUCUCGAUGUGCCCUCUGUCUUGCAGAUAUACAUGUUCUAAAUCGUGUAUGAGCCAGCAGUUGAUCCCACUGCGUGUGUCGAUUCCGAAAACUGUGUCGCCGACACAAUGUCCAAUCCAAUGCCACCAAUCUUGCCUGAGAUCCUGCACAGCUCAUUUGAAUCCGUCCUUCUGUCUCCCUUUCUGCAAGAGACCUUGUGAACAAAGAUGUGUCCUGGCAGCUAAUAUUCAAAACCAGUUACAACUAUUGAGUCAAGCGAAUAUGCCAGAACUAAUCCCUUCACCUCAAUGUACAGCUUCUUGCAUGCCUGAGUGCACACCACAAUGCACAGAACAACAGGAUUCCUUUUCCAAUCAACUACACGCUCCACCUACUUCCAUGGAAUCUCAGUGUGUCUCAGCUUGUACACCAAAAUGCGAUCCACAAUGCAUCUAUGAACAAGAACAUAAGGCAGCGGAACAACCUCCGUUACCGUUUCCAACUCUGAUUCCCACAGAAGGAGCGGAAGCUCAGGAGCAAACCGAAGGCGAGCACUCAACGACACCAUAUCCAACAUCACCGUCUUUGCAGUGCAUCGAUGCUUGCAUGCCAAAUUGCGAUUCUCAGUGCAUUCUGGAACAUGAAUUGCAACGAAAUGAAGUCCAAUAUCCAUCAACUCCUGUUCCGGAAUCGAUAUUGACAGAAGAACCUUCAUCUGAAUGCGUAGAGGCCUGUAUGCCUAAGUGCGAAUUUCAGUGCAUCUCAGCCUAUCAGAGAAUUCCCGGCGAAAAAUCUACAGAAUCUUUCACAACCCCAAGUACAAUGAAUCUCGAUGAACCCGAAUGCGUUCCCGAAUGUAUGCCGUCAUGCGAACCUGAAUGUGUCCUGGAGCAGUACCUUGUGAAAAAUCUGACGCCUGUGCAUGAGCCACUUUCACCGACACGAUCGCAAGAACAUUCAGACUCGCCUUUGCGAGUGGAGAUAAUCUUCGAAGACCAGAAGAAGCACUCACUCGCAAAACGGGAAUGUCCAUGUGCGAUAUCAUCCACGAGUUCGUGUAUUUGUACGCCAGAAGCGAAAUCUUCUUGUACAUGCAUGGCACCGAUAGCACCGCCUUCAUGUCCCUGUGCAUUCAAGGUCCAAGCGCAGCUCUGCCGUUCCCCUUGCCAACAGACAUGCAUCUCAGCAUGUUCUCCGUUCAAAUCUCCGUCAGCCUGUCAGGUGUACUGUGAUGGCACGUGCUCUGAGUCGUGCUCGGACCAGCACAUCAUUCCGGUUAAAGUGGCGAUUCCCCAACUGGCUACACCGAGUCUCUGCUCGCCAGUGUGCAUACAAACAUGUCAGAAGUCCUGCGUACCUCAACUAACCCUUUCAGCCUGUAUACCCUUAUGUAAAAAGACUUGUGAGACCACAUGCACUUCGUUCAUCACCACUCAAAAGAAACAGAUUACGGUACAAUCACCCGCGGUGUUGGAGACGGUACCGGUACCUCAGUGCAUUUCCGCAUGCAUGCCCACUUGUUCAUUCGAAUGUAUCCAGGAACAACAAAUGAUCGUUAGUGAGGUGAAUCAAAUCGAAGUUCCCGUUCAACCUCAGUGCAUCGCUGUAUGUAUGCCCACCUGUACCUAUCAAUGUAUUCAAGAACAACAACUAAUCAUCAGCAAACAAAUAUCCGUACAAGCUGUGGAACCUGUUCCUGCUCCACUCACAUGUAUUUCUGCAUGUAUGCCCACCUGCUCGUAUGAAUGUAUUCUGGAACAGGAAACGAUCGUGAACGAAGUGAAACAAACUCUCGUCGAAGUUCCAGUACAACCUCAGUGUAUUUCUGUUUGUAUGCCCACCUGUGCCCCACAAUGCAUUCAAAAGCAGCAAGUGAUAAUCACCAAACCUGUUCCAGUCCAGGUGAGGAUUUUUCCCUUAGAUAAGAAAGUUCCCCUCCAUCUGUCCUAG